AUGGUAGUCCUCGCUUGGAGCUUUGCCUUCUUCGCAAGCGUGAUGACUCUCAUUGGCAACCGCUGGCAGCCGGAUCAACCAUGCAUGUAUGACACUGUCACUAGUAGAACAUCUCUCAUAUAUAGCUCGAUAGUCAUUGGUACGUGUGUCAUCGCCAUCGCCUCCAUCUACGCUUACAUGAUAAUGAUUGCCAGGCACCACCAGCAGCAGAUCCACCAGGAACCGAGCAGCAGCGGUUCGCAGGAGGCAGGAACGACCGGAAAAUCCUUCUCUGCUGAGCUCGCUAAGCAUCUGAAGCUUGCCAAGACGGUUGGCAUCGUCGUCGGCGCUUUCUUCGUUUGCUGGGCUCCGUAUUUCAUCCUGAUGCUGCUGAGCGUUGCUGACGUCUACCACGACACGGUCGGCGUGGCGCGAAGCCUCGGCUACCUACUGGCGUACUGUAAUUCUAGCAUGAACUUCUUGAUAUAUGCUUCAAACAGCAGUCAGUUCCGCGCCGCCUUCCGGGCGGUGUUGCCCUCGCGUGGACACUAG